AUGCCUGUUAGUAAAAACGCGAAAAUCAGCCAGCAUGUUAAUUAUAGGAUUAGAUGUACCAUGCAAGAUGGCCGGCAAUUGGUUGGAACGUUCAAAGCUUUCGAUCGUCAUAUGAAUAUAAUACUGUGCGACUGCGACGAGUUUCGUCAAAUUAAAAACAAGACAGCAAAGCAAGAGAAAGAUCGUCAAGAAAAACGGGCACUUGGACUUGUUCUUUUAAGAGGUGAACAUGUGGUCACUAUGAAUGUAGAUGGUCCUCCACCUCCAGAAGAUGCUGCCCGUGUCCCCAUUCCUACAGCAGGCUCUUGGUCAACUGGAGUUAAACAAUUAGGUGGCGUUGCCGUUGGCCGUGGUAUGCCCCUUGCAACUCCAGCAGCAGCUAUUGCCCCAGCUCCACCUGCUGGUUUAGGUGGACCAGUUUGGGGAGUCGGAGCACCAGCGCCAGGCUUAAUGCAGCCACGUGCGCUCCCAGGUAUGCCGCCUCCACCUCCUCCCCCGGCAGGUGCACCGACAGCGGCAUUUGGUCGUGGAAUGCCACCUGUUACCGCUGUACGAGGAUAUCCCCCUCCUCCACCUCCACCACCUCCUGGAUACCGGUGA